AUGCUUACAGGAGAUAUAUCAGUGACCGAAGGAGAGGCGUUUGUUGAUGGCCACAGGUAAACAAACUGAAAUUGGUCAUAUCACUCUCAUUUCUCAUUUCUCCAUUUGCAGCCCCUUGGAAUUCCUUCACGUUUCCAACUUCGCGUUCGCGUUUCGUCCAGUUUUAACUACUCGCUGUGCCUUGUGUCCUAGCCAGAGAAAACAGGGGAGAUUUCGCGACACGACCACUAGUUUUCCCGCCAAAAGAACGACUGCAAAAAUUCAUACUGAUGAGGUAUUACAACCCAGAUCUGGGUAGUGCUUCUGAUUGGAUAAAGCGAAUUUCCUUCGCGGCACCACGAAGCAGAAGCACUACCCAGAUCUGGGUAGUGAUACGUCAUCAGUAUGGAAUUUUCGCUCGUUCCUAAGUCGUCUUUUCGCGGUGGCGUCACGAAAUGUGGGCUGUUUUCUCAGGCUACUUGUGUCUAACACCGUUUUACGUUUAUUACGGAGCACCACUUAAUUUGUUUCGAAAUUCUCUCCUUUUAUAGCAUUUUAAGCAACAUAAAUAACGCUCAUCAAUCCAUGGGCUACUGUCCUCAGUUUGACGGGCUUGAUAACCUACUGACAGCCGCUGAACACCUUCAGCUGUACGCGCGGCUCAGAGGAGUUCCUGAGCAGGAUGUGAAACAGGUUUGA